UAAAUUAUGUCAGCUGUCAAUGACACCAAAUACAAAUCUGCAGUGUUCCUUCUCACUGGGAUACCAGGUCAGGAAGAUGUCUAUCUCUGGAUCUCUAUCCUCUUUUGCAUAACAUAUGUUAUUUCGAUAUUAGGAAAUUCGCUCAUUCUGUUCAUUGUAAAAACAGACCCAACCCUCCAUGAGCCCAUGUACAUUUUCCUUUCCAUGUUGGCCACCACAGACCUUGGCAUAUCGAUAACCACCAUACCAACGAUACUGGGUAUAUAUUUAUUUAACUCUAGGGAGAUCAGCCUCGAUGCCUGUUUAGCCCAGCUAUUCUUCAUCCAUUUUCAUCAAUGCAUUGAAACCUCCGUGCUCCUGUUGAUGGCCUUUGACCGCUUCAUCGCAAUCCGUAACCCGCUGAGGUAUGCUUCCAUCUUAAACCUGCCAACAAUAGCUAAAAUGGGACUGGUGGUUUUGCUAAGAGCGAUGGCCAUAAUACUUCCACUUCCCUUUCUCCUAAAACGGUUCCAAUACUGUCGAGACAAUGUCCUCUCCCAUUCCUACUGCCUGUACCAGGAGGUCAUGAAGAUGGCUUGUUCAGAUAUCACAGUCAACAGCAUCUAUGGAUUGUUUACUAAACUUUUACUGAUGGGGUUGGACUCACUGCUCAUUUUCCUCUCUUAUGUGAUGAUCCUCAAAACAGUGCUGAGCAUCGCAUCCUACGUGGAGUGCCUCAGGGCUCUGAACACCUGCGUCUCCCACCUCUGUGCCGUCUUGCUUUUCUACACACCAGAGAUCAGCUUGUCUAUGAUACACAGAUUUGGGAAGGGCUUUUCUCCCUUGCUUCAGAAUCUACUGAGCUACAUCUCCCUGCUUCUCCCACCGCUGAUGAACCCAAUUGUGUACAGCGUGAAAAGCAAAUACCUUCGUGCAAGGAUAAUCAGGGUGUUUGUCAAGUGA